AUGGGCUGUGGGGCGAGUACCGCCAAGGAUGUGGAGCAUCCCAAUAAUAUGCAUCCAAACAUGCAUCGCCUGAUGCCAUUUUCUCGCGGCGCCCGGGUCGUUCCUGCCGCUGUCUUUGAUGCGAUUGGACCUGCAACAGGAGGUCUGGACGACAUGGAUGGUGACACUCAGCGAAGGAGGCCGCACAAAAAGGACUCCUUUACCCGCCCUGCGAAAGCUGCACACGAUCUUCGUGGUGGGACAAGCACGGCUUCACUGCCCGGUUCAGCCCUUGGGAUGGAUGAUGACGAUGGCCAACGAGAAUGGUCUUCGUGGAACUCCGAACACUGGAAGGAGGAGCACUCAAAGUUCCCAAUGCCGCCGGAUCGCCGGAUGCACGAACGGCACGUCAGGACUCUGAAUCAGUUUCAGAGGCGCAUCGAGAAGGCGCCAAAGGCAUUAGCCAAGCUGGUCGACGACUCGCGACUGCCUCCCCAAAGGAAACCCCCAGCAGCCGCCAGGUAA